AUGGUUUUGCAGCUAGCAGACGGGUCCAUGGCCUAUCUGAAAGGAAUCAUUGAGGAUGUCCUCACAAAGGUUGGUAAAUUUGUUACUCCUGCUGAAUUUAUUGUUCUUGAUUUUAAUGCAAACGAACAGUUACCAAUCAUCUUGGGGCGUCCAUGCUUAGCAACUGGAGCAGCAUUGAUUGAUGUUAGAGAAGACACACUCAAAAUAAGGGUAGAGGAUGAAGAUGUGGUAUUUGAUAUAUUCAAAUCACCCACAGUAAUGUCCCAAUAUAAAGAUUUAUGUAUGAUUAAUGUGAUUAAAGUGGAUAAGUGUGGGGUGGUUAGUCCACCAAAGACCUUUUUGGAUUACCUGAUUGAGCAGCCUAAACUUUUACAUCCUAAGCCUAAUUUGAUACUAAUUGAUGAGCUUAAAAAAGCUAAAGUUGAGGAAUCUACUGCUCUUAAAAAUUCUCACCCAAGAGAGGUGAAAAUAAUAAAAAAAUGGCCUCCAAAUGUGAGGAAAAAGAUGAAGGAAUUUGGUUGA